GCUGCGGCUCUUAGCUGUGCACUCCGGGGUCCCGCCGGCCCGCCGCCCGCCCGCGGCCCGGGUGCCAGGGGUGGGGGAAAGGUCUCGGAGGAGGAGGGGCAUGGGUCGGUGUCAGGGAGUCAGGGUUCAGGCCGAGGUGCCGCGCAGUCGGGACCGGACCGUGUGUGUGUGUGCGCGCCGCGCGACCCGUCUUGUUGUUGUUGCUGAGUGCUGUGCCCCGCGCGGCCCGCGCGCGCCGCGUGCUUCCCGUGACCGGACCGUGACCGGCCCCCGUGACCGGUACCGUGACCGGACCCCGUGACCGGACCCCGUGACCGGCACCUGCGACCGGCACCUGUGACCGGCACCAGUGACCGGGCCGAAUCGUCGUCGCAAUGGAUCGCGAGUGAAAGUGCAACGACCAGUGAUUGUGAUUGUGUGUCAUGUGUUAGUCAAGUGUCAGUCAGUGUUUGCGGGUCCAGCCCGCCCCCCAGCGUCACCAUUAUCCUUCCCCUGACGCACCCCCAGGCCGUGUGCCCCGUGAGCCAGGGGCCGAGCCAGGGGCCGACCCUGCAUCCGGGGGCGCCCGGGGCCCCGGGGGGGCUCCAGUCCGUGCAGCAGGACACGACGUUGGACCUGGGCUUCUCGCGGGGCAUGGCGCUGGUGGGCCCCCCGGCCUCGGCAUGGCGGGACCCCAGUGCCAUGCUGGGCCACACGCACCCGGGGCUCGCGGGCCUUGGCCACGGCCCCGUGACGCCCUGCGUCACCCCGCCCUCCACGGAGGACAUCACCAACCUGGGUUCCGUCGUGCACUCGACGAGGGAGCUGCAGCAGAGCACCACCCCCGGCUCGCAGGCCAACUCGACUCAGAGCGGGGGCUCGUCGCAGAGCAACGAUAGGAACCAGAACAUUGAGUGCAUCGUGUGCGGCGACAAGUCGAGCGGGAAGCACUACGGACAGUUCACAUGUGAAGGGUGUAAAAGUUUCUUCAAGAGGAGUGUACGGAGGAAUCUCACGUACUCUUGCCGGGGGAACAGGAACUGUCCGAUAGACCAGCACCACAGAAACCAGUGCCAGUACUGCAGACUCAAGAAAUGUUUAAAGAUGGGCAUGCGGAGGGAAGCGGUGCAGAGAGGCCGGGUGCCCCCGACGCAGGCGCCGGGGCAGCUGGGCCAGUUCUCGCUGGCCAACGGUGACGCGGCGGCGGCGGCCGCGGCCGCGGGCCUCAACGGCCACUCGUACCUGUCCUCGUACAUCUCGCUGCUGCUGCGGGCCGAGCCUUACCCCACGGCCCGCUACGGCCAGUGCAUGCAGCCCAACAACAUCAUGGGCAUCGACAACAUCUGCGAGCUCGCUGCCCGCCUCCUCUUCUCGGCCGUCGAGUGGGCCAGGAAUAUACCCUUCUUCCCCGACCUCCAGGUCACCGACCAGGUGGCGCUGUUACGGCUCGUGUGGUCGGAGCUGUUCGUCCUCAACGCGUCGCAGUGCUCGAUGCCGCUGCACGUGGCGCCCCUGCUGGCCGCGGCGGGGCUGCACGCCUCCCCCAUGGCGGCCGACAGGGUGGUGGCCUUCAUGGACCACAUCAGGAUCUUCCAGGAGCAGGUCGAGAAGCUCAAGGCGCUGCACGUCGACUCGGCCGAGUACUCGUGUCUCAAGGCUGUCGUGCUCUUCACCACAGAUGCCUGCGGCCUCUCCGACGUGGCGCACAUCGAGAGCCUCCAGGAGAAGUCCCAGUGCGCGCUCGAAGAGUACUGCCGCACCCAGUACCCCAACCAGCCCACGCGGUUCGGCAAGUUGCUGUUGCGGCUACCCUCCCUUCGAACUGUCUCGUCGCAGGUGAUAGAGCAGCUGUUUUUCGUCAGACUUGUGGGGAAGACGCCUAUCGAGACCCUCAUCAGAGACAUGCUUCUAUCCGGAUCGUCUUUCAACUGGCCCUACAUGAGCUCUAUGUGACACAACGUGUGGCGACAGCUCGCCGCGCAGUAGAUACUCCUGGUCCGAGGCGCUCCCCAGCAGCAUGGAGAUACUCCUCGCGUGAGCCUCGCAGUGUCUCCACUCUACCCCACCUAGCCACUCUUUGGAGUUACUCCUGGACUGAGGGACUCUCCGUUUAGCUAAACAUCAGAGGAUCUGAUAUGUGUGAACAAUCCGAAUCACUAGUGAAAAUCGGAUUGCAUACCAUGAUACUUUAGAUGUUGUUUACACCAACUAUCUCCUUCUGUGUUAUCAAAAUUGAAGUGAGCAGUCGGAACAACUACUCUACCUACUGAUUUUUGUAAUUUCCACAGAUUUUGAGACUGGAGAGGAAAUAUUAUUGUUGGGGAUAUGUUAUGUGAAAAGUUAUGGCAUGAUUAUUGUGUCCUCUUUUUCGCCAUUGGCUGUCAACUUAUUCGAGAUGUGAAAAUUGUUAUAAACAUAGUUAUAUCUGCCCGUUUAUGUACAAAAGAGUUAGGAAAAAUGUUUCCACCAUACUGGUCUCCAGCAUAGUGAUUGUUAUGAUUUAGUUACCAUUCCCUUUUGCUUGGUUUGAAGUUGUUGUAUAGUGAAAAUGUAUACUUCUAAUAUUGUACAGUUAUAAUAUUUGUUGUUGAAAAUAAUUAUCCGAAACCAAUUUGUUCCUAAUGUUAUUGAAGUCCAUGUUUUGUAAAUUUUUUUUAUCCAAUGAGACCUUUUUGAAUAUUUUCUUGUCGCCAUCCCAAUGGGAGCUGAUGAAGGGGAUGCAUUGAAUUCCUUUUGAGGGGCGUUAAAUGGAGAAACACAGCUCAUCCUUUGCUUGUGACAUUUUUUGACCUCUUUCUUUCUUACUGAUACAUUGAAACUAAAAGACCGCCACAAGGAAGGGAAACAGCUACUGUUUCACCGAUUGCGCUAAGUUUUGUGAUGAUUUUAUUUAACCUUAAGUUGUUUUUACCAAAGUAGAUUCGAGAUGUUGUUACUCUGGGGCCCUCUUAAAAGCACUGACCUAGAGUAGUCAAUCAGAUUGUUUAUGGAUAGCUGACAUGGCUUGUUUUGAUGCUGCAGGUCAGUACUAGUAUGGAAUGGGCCCCAGUGUAUCCAGCUUUUUUCUCUAGUUAAUGGCGAAAAUUGGUGUAUAUUUUUAUAUGUGCAUCUCCACUUAGUUAUCACCUAAUGCGUGAACCAUGUUUUCCAUAAAAGACGUGGUGACGUGUCCUGUGAGGUUCUAGACAAUACCUUUGUUAUUAUGCUGUUUGUGCCCAAUUUGUGCCAUGUUUACCUCGGCUAAUCUGUAAUGACCCCUGUACAAAUUUCCAAAUUUUAGGUAACUUGGUAAAGGACAUAGUUGAGAAAAGUAAAAUUCAUUUCAAAAUGAAUGCAGGUGACCUUGGUGUGAACCAACUGUGCCUGUUUUAAGCACACAUUGCUCAGCUUUGAGUGCUUUAAGUUAACCAGAUUAAUUUUUUUUAUCAGGCACAUUAGUUUAUCAAAAUAAAUAUGCCUCUUAGUUUUGAAAUGAACUUAUUUUCUUCUUUAUUUCAGUUCCGUUUCUAUUUGAAGCUUUGUAUUUCUCAUGGUCAGUAAAUUUUCUUUCAAUUACCCAUCAACACUGUAUAUAUGGUGUCCCAGAUAUUUUUUAUUAGGAAGCACUCAGGAUGGCAGUGUGUGUAGUCAAGAAUGUGCAUUUUUUUAUCUUAAUGAUGGACGCUUACAGACACUGUAUUUCACUCACUUGAGGCAAACCGGGUUCAAUACAAGAACAGCAAUAGGCUUCUUGAACAAUUUCCUCUUGAACUCAGAUUGGUUGGCGGCAUCGUGGUCUUUGAACCCGCCGCAGACGUCGUUACUUCUUCCGGCGAGUCCGAGAGAGAACUAUCAGAGUUGAAGAGGAAAUAGUUUUGGAAGCAUUUGCUGUUAUUCUUCGGACCUGAUUUUCCUCAAGUGAAAUACCCUAUUGGCUAUAUUAGAGAGCAUAUGAAAACAACAGUCAACAGUAAACCUUUAAAAAAAAUAUAUUAUUGAUAUUUUCAUUGAAAAGUGAGAGAACCUUUUUUCCACAUUUGAAUGACAGUUGGAGUGAAAUGUGAAACUUGUAUGUUUCUAGAAGUUAAUGCUCCUACAAUAUGGCCGGUGCAUCAACAAAGAGUAUACAUAAAGAUGAUUAUUAAAGAAAUCUAGACAGCAGCCUUAAA